AUGAAUCUAUUUUUGUUACUCUCACCACUUUAUGCUAGUAUUUUUUUAAUAAAUCCAAAAGAAGAUUUAGAAAUCUGCAAGAAUUUGGAAGAAAAGACAGUUGUACUUGUUAAAACAACACUAAUGGUAAAAAAUGUGGAAAGACUCCAAUGGAGUGAAGUUGAGUCUAAUGUGCCCUUUGAAACAUCUUUGACUAUUUUUAAAAUGGAUGGACUUUCUGGCAAUAAAAAAGAAGAGCUUUUUCAUGAUAGAAAGUAUGAUUCACAUAAUGUAUUCUUUUUUACCUCUUACAAAGGUGCGGGAUUCUAUUCCUUUAUAUUUAAUGUAGAUAUUAAAGUUCCAGAUUUUUAUGGUCUUAAGGUGGAGAUAUUUGAAGGAAAUCCUAAAAGCGAAGAGAUUGUGUCGGGUGUUGAUUACCAGAUGACUGUCUUAACACAAAAAGUCGAGGAAUUGCUUUCAUUUGCAAGACAGAACUUUGAGAUGGAGAAAGCGGGAGAAAAAGACGAAGCCAAGUAUCUUAUGUUAUAUAAUUAUAUUUCUAAGCUUGUGUUUAGGAUUUCUUUAUUGAAAAUUGUGAUAUUGUUUGUUACGAUAUUUUAUUUCAACAAAAGUGUUAAAAAUUUCUUUAUUUCAAGUAAAAUAGCUAAAUAA